AUAGAUCGCACGGUGGGAAGUGUCGUUUCGCGUAGGAACCCCCACCAAACCUCGUCUCCUCCUCAUCAUGGACGAAGACAUCAAGUGGGUGGACAACGUCAUCGCCAAGCUGCUGCGUGUGCAGGACAAGCCCGUGCAGACCGAAGUGACCGACCUGGACAUUGACGAGAUCAACGCGUUGUGUCGGUGCUGUCGCUCCGUGCGUACCGACCUUCCUCAUGUCGUCAUCCAUACAUUCAUCAUCCUUGUGAUGCCGAACCCCGUAGAUCUUUCUCUGCCAGCCCAUGCUGCUCGAACUGAACGCACCCAUCAACAUUUGCGGCGACACCCACGGCCAGUACGCGGACCUGCUGCGGCUGUUUGAGAUCGGCGGGUUUCCAGAUGACAAAAACUACUUGUUCCUGGGAGACUACGUGGACCGCGCCAUGCAAAGCAUCGAGACGAUCUGCCUGCUCUUUGCGUACAAGGUUAAGUACCCGACGCGGAUGUCGCUCCUGCGCGGCAACCACGAGUGCGCGUCCAUCAAUCGGAUAUACGGGUUUUACGACGAGUGCAAGCGCCGGUUCAACGUCAAGCUAUGGCGGACGUUUGCCGAUUGUUUCAACUGCAUGCCCGUGGCCGCGGUCGUGGCGGACAAGAUCUUUUGCAUGCACGGCGGGUUGUCGCCCGAUUUGUACAAGAUGGACCAGAUCAAAAACAUCCGCCGGCCGACCGACAUUCCGGACGAGGGGCUGCUGUGCGACCUCCUGUGGGCGGAUCCGGACGCCGAGAGCCACGGGUGGACCGAGAGCGACCGCGGCGUGUCCUACAUCUUUGGCGCGGACGUCGUCGAGCAGUUUCUCGAGACGCACGACCUCGACCUCGUCUGCCGCGCGCACCAAGUUCGUCUCUCCAUUAGGUUCGAUUGUGACCAGUGCGGAAUGUAGGUCGUGUCGGACGGGUACGAGUUCUUUGCUGGCCGCAAACUCGUGACGAUCUUCUCGGCGCCCAACUAUUGCAACGAAUUCGACAACGCCGGCGGGAUGCUGGUCGUGGACGACAAGCUCUUGUGCUCGUUCAAGGUGCUGUGCUCGCAGGAAGGCUAACCAGCCACAUUCCGAAGCUCCCGUCGUCGUCUGUGCGUCCAACAGAAUAGUAUCGCCAUUCGUAUAACACACCAUAACGUCACCCCCGCUCAUGCCAACAGAUCACCAACCAUCCUGCAUCGUGCAGUAUACAUGUGGUCGUGGCCUGCUCACUGAGCAGUGUUCGGUCGUAACAUCAUCUCCCAUCAAAUCGCCCCCU